UUAGAAUUAUUAGAAGAACAAUUUGAGCAAAUUAAAGAAAAUAAUAAAGCUGAAGGUCGGGGAGUUAUUGAAAAACUAGAUGAGGAUACAAUACAAAAUGUACAUCAAAGACCUAAAACAGCCAAACCAAAAUCUGUAGACAUUGAACGUUUAAAAGAAAUGGUUAAACAAAUAAAUGAACAAAUAGAAGAACAAAGGAAUAAAGUAGAUAAUUUAAAUGCAGAAAUUGACAGAUUUUAUUUGGAAAAUAAGGAAACAAUUAAUUUAGAACAAAAAAUAAAAGAAUUACAAUCAGAAUUAGAAAAUACAAAUAAUAAUUUACAAAAACAAAAAUGGUUAAGUGAAAAUAGUGGAAAUUCUGAACAGGUUGAACGUGCUUAUCACACUUUGGAGAAACAAAAAGAAGAAUGUAAUCAACAAAUUUCUUCAUUAACCAAGGAAUUUAAUAACUUAAAUGACCGUAAAGAUUUAGUUGAACAAACACAAAUGUGGCAAAAUCUUGUACAAAUAUUUGAAAUUAAAUUAAAAUGUCAACAACAAAUAAAAAAUAGAGACGAAGCAAAACCGUGGGGUGAUCAACGAUAA